AUGCACACAACACUCCUCCUCCUCCUCGCGGCCAGCAGCGCCCUCGCCCGGCCCUCCUCCUCCUCGCUGCACCGCCGCCAGUCACAGGGCGACGCCGCACAAGGCGCCUCAGACGCCACGCAGGGCGACCUCGGCGGCCGCCCGCCCCCAGAAUUUGCGUAUCCGGUGAUUGACUUUCCUAACCCGAGCCGCGAGGACACGGUCGUGUUUGAGAGUGCGUACUAUGUGCAGCCGGGCGAGAUCUUUGAUGGCGGCAUGAAGCGGUAUGAGAGGGCCGAGGGGAGCUGUAAUGAGCAGGCUGAGGGUACGGAUGCGGAUACGGUGUUUAACCUGCUCCCCGGAGCGACGCUGCGGAAUGUGGUGAUUGGGAAGCACCAGGCGGAGGGCGUACACGCGCUCGGCGAUGCGUGGGUUGAGAACGUGUGGUGGGAGGAUGUCUGCGAAGACGCCCUCACGAGCAAGGGCCUCAACACCCAGCUCCGAGUCAUCGGUGGUGGUGCCCGUAAUGCCACUGACAAGAUCUUCCAAGACAACUCCCUCGGCGGCAAAUUCAACAUCACGGGCUUCUACGCCGACACCUUCGGCACCUUCUACCAGUCGUGCGGCAACUGCCUCAACCAGGCCAAGCGCAACGCCACGGUGCAGAACGUGAUCGCCGUCAACGGAAACCGCAUGGCCAUCAUCAACCCGAACUUUGGCGACGAGUUCCGCAUCAAGGACUCGCAGCUCAAGAACGUCAAGACCAUCUGCGACAAGGAGAUUGGGAACAACGUGCAGACUGUGCCGUACUGGAUUGGUACCGGCACUGACUUGAAGUAUUGUCUGUAUAAUGAGACGACGGAUAAGCUGGUGGAGUUUAAUGGCACGGCGAAUACUGUUUAUUGGCCCGAGAAUGAGGCGUAG